GCUUGCAAUGGCUGCCUCUACAUAGAGUGGAAAGACUUUUAAUGGAGAGAAGUGUGGAUGAAGGUACUAGAGUGGAAGCUGGCGGAGACAGUGAGGAAAACGAAUCGAGUGAAAAUGUUAAUUCAUCCAAUAUAAAUUUUCUUAAGGAAAAUGAAGAUUCUAUUGAAGGGUCUCUAUCCAUAGAUCCAAGUGACAUAAAACUCAGUGAUGGUACAAAUAAAAAUGUUGACGAUACAGAAAAAUUGUCCCAAAAAGAUUUGGGGACUGAACUAUCUACUUGUAGUCAUGAUGAGCUAGCAGAAGAUGUAAAAAAUACCUCUGACUUAGACAAAGCUGCAUCUAUUAGUGAACAACAUGCUACUGUUGAAGAUUCUUCUAGAUCAUCACCUCUCAGUAAUAGCAAUAGUGAGUCAUCUGAAAGGGAGAUUAAUCUGGAAUCAUCAAGCCCUAAUACUGAAGAAUCUGGUCCUAGUAUAGAUGCUUCCCUAUCUGAGCCCUUACAAAAAAGUUCUGUUGCUGGGUUUGACUCAGAAGUACCAGUGCUGCAUGCAGCACCUGCUGGACCUUCAAAUGACAGAGAAGACAUCAGUGAGGAUGAGCUGGAUAUUGAUUCUACUGGGAGCGUAGAUCAAGAGGUUACCCAGCCCCAAAAUGUUGCCCCUGUUGACACCUUAGAUAUUCAGGGUCCUACUAAUGUUGAGGUUUCAAUGGAAUUGUCUAGAGAUACUGGUGGUACUCUUCCUGAGACACAAUUGAUCAAUGAUGAUACUAGGGGCACCAUAUCAAGUGAUGAUAGAGAAAUAAUUGACCUGAAGCUAGAAGAUGCUGUGGGUAAAAGUGACGACGACGAUGAUUUUAAUCGUGAAUCUAAAGGAGCUAGCGAAGAUUUAGAAGCUGUCUCUGAUGAUGAGUUACCAGAAGCGGCACAAGUUGCUCCGACUUUAUCAGAACCUAGCAGUUCUACAAUGAUUGGAGAUGUAGUGAGUUCAGAAGAUGAAGGGGCUUUAAGUCUAGAGAACGUGUAUGGAGCUUUACAUGACACCGAGCACAAUUCAGUACAUCGGAUAUCCUCCAACCUUGAUAUUUCUGAGGCUUCUAAUAGCUAUGUUAGCUCAACAGAUUUACAUAGGGCAUUAGAUAAAGAAGAUUCUUUGUCACAACAAAAUUCUGAGCCACUUAACACUAAUAUACCAAGUCUGCCUCCUUUGGAGGCUGAACCUAUAUCAGAUGAGGAAGACAUGGAGCAAGGAGAUGACAAUCCAUCUGGCUGUGAUGGUGAUGGGGAAGCAGGCGAGAUUAAAAGUCCAGUUCGUUCUCCUAUUUCCGAACAAGGUGGACUUUUGGGUGAGGUUGAGCCUAUUUCUGCAGAUGAAACUAGUGAUACUGAUGGAGAAUUACAUAGCGGAGAUGAUGACUCCAGGCCUGGGGAGAGCGGACUAAAAUCUGGCAAUAACUUUGAAUCUAUAGAAUCUGAUGAAGAUGGUGAUUUAGAGGCCAAUUCAUCUAAUAAACCUUCUUUAAGAUCUCAUUCUUCUGGUAUGUUAAAUGUUGAGGAAAAAAAGAUUAGUAGUGAUUAUAUGGAGAAUAUUUCUGAUGAAGAAAACUUAGAGCAAGGGGAUGGCUAUAGAAAGUCUGGUAAAGUUUCUCUUAGACUCUCAGAAGAAAAUUUACAACUUAGCAAUUCACUUAAUAAGGAUAUAGAAUCUGAAAAAAAGCCUUUAGCUACAAACUUUAAUGAACAUCAAGUAGAACUUGAUUAUGAAGAGAAUGAGGGAGAAGAAGGUGUUGGUAAAAUAGAGGAAUUACCUGAGCCUAAAACUAAAGAUGAUGGUGAAGAAGGAGAACUUGCAGAGGCUGCCGGCUCUGAUAAAGAUGAAGGGGAAUUAAGUGAUGAUGAUUGUGAGGAAGGUGAAAUUAAAGAACCUGGCAGCAAAAAGCCUUUUGUUACACCAAUGUGCAGGUUCUUCCAAAAAGGCAAUUGCACUUGGGGCAUCAACUGUAGAUUUUUGCAUCCAGGUGUAAAUGAUAAAGGUAACUACCAGAUGAUAGAAAUACCUGGUUUCAAACCUCUUGGGAUCAGAUCUCGAAUAGGGGUUCCAGGACCAUGGCCUCAGCAACCUGAAGUACCCAUAGAACUCCCACCUCCUCCAAUUCCAGACAUUCCACCUGUUGAAACAGCUUGGGAAAGAGGCCUCAGGAUUGCUAAAGAGCAAAGAAAAAAAGCAAAUGAAAGAAAAGAGCUUGAACCCGAUUUUGAAGAAAAAUGUUUAAAUUUAUCAGUUGAUGAGGAGAGAGAAUUGAACAAGGAGAACGAACGAAUGCCCAAAAUCAUUCCUAAAGACCCUUACUAUGACCAGCAAGCAUUUGAAGAGGAUGAAUAUUAUAAAAUACCAAGAGAUCCUUGGCAGACUGGCCACUAUGAAAAUUUUGAAGUGAGAUACCACAGAGAAAGCUCUUUUUCUCCACCAUAUCGGGAUAAAACUAUGAUGAUGCCACCAUCAAGAUACAGCCGGCCUUACAGUCCACCAGUUGAUAAAUUUGGAAGAGAGAGACUAGAAAGAAGAGAACCAUUUAGACCUGAACCCCCUCCAGUACCUAUUACAUCCCAUGAUUAUCCAUCUCCCAUUAAAAGACCAGAUGAAUGGACUGAUCCAUGGCGAAGGUCCAAGUCUCCUCAAGCACACAAGCCCAAACCUAGAAAUCACUCGCGUGGUAGAAGGGCACAUAGAUCUGUCAGUGAUUCCUCAAACUCAUCCAGGUCAAGUUCAGGAUCAUCUUCAGGAUCAUCGCGUAGUAGUCGUUCUUUCAGUGGCUCAUCUGGCAGUUCUAGCCAUUCACGAUCUCCAGAGCCUGCUCCCCCUGGUGUAGAUAGACAUGAUCAUUAUUUUUCUCCAUCACGUGACCAACCCAGAAGUGCAGUUGCAGUUCGGGGUCGUGGUGGCUACAACAAUUAUGAUCAAAACUACAGGAGAGGUAGUCGAGGCUAUGAUAGGUCUAGGGUUGGCAACAGUGGAUACCAGCAGCGAGGAAACUAUCGUGGUGGUGGUGGCGGAGGCUACUAUAAUAAUUAUGGUGGGGGAGGUGGUGGUUACCCAGAAAGAGACAUGAGAGACAGGGGUAGGGAUGAGAGAUUAGGAAGAAGAGGUCGAUCACCCCCUGACAGACCACUACCAUAUGUUAGACCUAGGCCAAAAAGUGCUAGUAGUCGUUCAAGUUCCAGUAGAUCACGCUCAAGGAGUCGUGGCAGAUUCACAUCUUCACACUCUAGAUCCAGUUCUGGAAGUUCACGAUCUAGCAGCUCCUCAAGUUCAUCUGCUGGUAGUGCUGAUUCUGAACAUUUGUAUAGAGACUUGGGACCACCAGCAAAGAACCCAAGAGGGCAACCUGUAGCCAAAAAGAAAAGGACCAAUAGUCAUAAAGAACAUACCAAAAACAUACCCAUGCCUCCUCAAUCUGGUCCAAUGAUGGGUCAACCCCACUCUCCAAAAAAUCUCGACCGUAUACCACACCCUCGUGAUCCCAAAAAUAUGCCCCCUGGCCCAGUUCCAGGCAGAAAUGAAUCAAAAUAUGCAAGUCGCAAUGCGCCCCAGGCACCCAUUAAAGCUAAAGAUCCUCUCAAAGUUGUUGGACAGAAGUCAAAUAUCAAGCUCACAUUACUACCAAAGCAGCAGCAGUCAUCUUUAGGCAACAGGCCGAAUCCUCUGGACUCUCCACCUCACAAUAAACGCAGAUUGUCAGAGAGAGAUACCUCACCUGUCCCUGCACCACCAGCCAAACGCUUGAACCUGCCACUACCUCAGGCAUCAUCUGCUUUGAGACUAGCUACAGAAAAAGCUUCAAAGUUACAGUUGCGUCAAGAAAGAGGCAAGUCCCCUCCUCCUGUUCCUGUACCCCAGCCUCCGCUACCACCAAACGCCCCGAGGACCAAGGCACCAAUCUCCCCUCAGAAACAACCAAGUAGCUCUAAAUCUCGUAUCCCAGAGCCCACAGUAGCCAAAGCUGUCCCGAAAGCUCCAUCAGCGAAUGCCCCCACAGCAACAGCCACAGGGGCGAAGGCUAAGAAAAGCAUGUCAUCUCGCAGAGAGGAGCUGCUCAAACAACUGAAAGCUGUGGAAGAUGCUAUUGCCAGGAAAAAGUCCAAGCUUCAGUGAUGUCGUUCUUGUCUGCACUCUUGUUUUAGUAUGCAAGGUAUGAGAGUCUAUUGAAUAGUGUGAAAAUGGUGCGCAUGUGUGAGAAUAGGUCAGUGUAUAUAUUAUAAUUCAGUCAUUUUAUGAUAUAUUUAAGUGUUCACCGAUUAUUCUUUUUCCAAAUUAAUUUAAAAAACUUAAGUAUUGUCAUAACUUUUAGACAACAGUGCCUUUGUUGGCUGCUAAAGCAACUCGUUGAUUAUUUUAUUUCAAUUAAAUAUCUAACAGUUAUGACAGUUCUUUACAAUGGAUGUUCUAGAAAUUUGCCCCAAUAUGAACAUCAUUGGUUAGAUAAAAAAAUUCAUUGUAUAUAAGUACAUAAGUGUUUUGUAAGACGUAUUACAUUUCAGUGAGUUGGUCACUUCUGAAAUGUAUUGCCAUUAAAAUAAUUAUUUUCUUUUAUUUAGAAAAUAUUUAUAAUGCACAUAGUAGGAAACAUUGAUUUGUUUUAUAUUUUAUGAUUGUGACAGAAUUUUAAUUUACAAAUUAUUCAGUUCUGAUUGAUCUAGAAUACAUUUUUCUAGAAUAAUAGAUGUAAAAUUUUGCUUUUGGUCUAAUACCAACCUCAAAUGUACCUUGGGUUAAGGUGAUUUAAAUUUUCUUUUUUGACUAUAGCACAUUAAAUUUCUGUUGCAGAGAAGUGUUUGUGUACAUUGUUCCACAAUAUAAAUAGUAGUUGAGUUAUUUUCUCUUACAUGUGCAGUAUUUGGUGGUCCACUUGACAAAAAAAGCCAUCAGUGCAUUUAGUGGGCUUUACUUGUACAAAGACCUGUUCAUUGUUUCUGAUGCACUAGUAUUAUUGAUUUCACCUGAAGUUUUUUUUUUUUAUGGGAGCUAUGCUCCCACUUAACUGGUGAAUGAAUGUAUAUGAUGUGUGAUUUCACCCCGGUAUAUGAUUCAUCUAGUAAAUUGCACUCACACCUUUUGAGUGAACAUUAGCAUGAAGAUCAGAAGAAUGUUGAGCUCUAGUUUGUUGUUAGCUACUAAGUCACAGUUGUCCCCCUUGGGAUAAGGUACAGUUUUUUUAGAAGAAAAAAAAAGCAAUAGACUUUUUUAAUGUUUACAAAAACCAUGACCAUCAAUUGGUGCACCCCAUCACAAAAGUGAUGUAACAUAAGGAACAUUGCAUUGUUAGGUAAAAUAAUUUGAUUUCAAGUUAAAUGUACACAUUAAUCUUAGAAGUUAUUUAUCUUAACUUAUUAAUUUUGGUUGUCAAUAGAUGUUUCUAAAAUAGGUGAGAAGAUGAAAUUUCCAACAUUUUCUUAAUCUUUGUGUGAUAUCUUCCUGUUUCUAUCUAAGAAAAA